GAGCUCCAAAUUGGACCCUUCACAGAAAGAGAAACAUGGCAGUCUGGCCCUUCUUCAAGCUGUGGAACGGCUGUCAACCAACUCUCUUUCAAAUGACCUUCGUCUCAGCUCUCUUGGCUACUGUUCUUGGUGACUGUGGCCCCCCGCCCAAAUUAUCAUUUGCUUUCCCAAUCAAUAUGGUGAAUGAGACAAGUUUCAAAACGGGGACUACUCUGAAGUAUCAAUGCCGCCUCGGCUACGGUCGAUCUAGCUCAAGCACGCACCUCACCUGCGACAUCGGAGGAGUUUGGAGCUACAGCACCUUCUGCAUCAGAAAACGAUGCAGAAACCCAGGAGAAAUACCUAACGGCCAAGUGGAAAUUAAGACAGACUUAAGUUAUGGAUCACACAUAGAAUUCCGCUGUUUAGAAGGAUAUAUCUUACUUGGCUCAACCACCAGUUACUGUGAAGUCCAGGAGCGAGGGGUUGACUGGAGUGACCCUCUCCCGAUAUGCACAAGUAUACACUGUGAGCCCCCUCCAGCCAUCAGCCAUGGGAGGCACAGUGGGAGAGAAGAAGAUUUCUAUACAUACGGCUUUUCCGUCACCUACAGUUGUGAUUCCCAAUAUGCACUCUUAGGCCAAGCCUCUAUUUCCUGCUCAGUGGAAAAUCAAACAGGUGUCUGGAGCCCAGAUCCGCCUACCUGUAUAAAAGUCACCUGUCCUCAGCCAGUGGUUCCAAAUGGAAUAGUAAGCUCGGGGUUGCGACCCACCUAUACUUUCAAAGACUCCGUUGUGUUUUCCUGCAAGAAUGGGCACAUCCUCAGAGGCAGCAGAACAAUCCAAUGUGAAGAAGAUAACAGCUGGCAUCCGGCUCCCCCCACCUGCGAGCUGAACAGUUGUACCAACUUACCAGAUAUCCCACAUGCUAACUGGGAAGUAUAUAACUACUACAAGCCAAGGAAAGAAAGCCUAUAUGAUGUUGGGACGGUGUUGAGGUACCGAUGCCAUUCUGGCUACCGAUCCAUGGCAGAUGCACCCAUGACUAUAACUUGUCAGGAAGAUUUGACAUGGACCCCGUUCAAAGGGUGCGAAAAGGUAUGUUGCCCCAAACCACAGCUGAAGAAUGGCAAGACCACUUUCAAGAGGAUCGGUCACUCUACUGCGCCCUGUGACUUUUUCUUCGGGGACCAGCUUGGCUAUUCGUGUGAGGGGAGUUUGAGGCAAUUCGAGGCUACUUGCCAAGCCGAUGGCACGUGGAGUCCCCUGACACCAACAUGUGACGACAAUUGCAAUUUUCCUCCUAACAUUGCCCAUGGACGUCAUCAACUAAUAUCUAACUUUUUCAAAACCGAGGCUUUGUAUGAAUGCGAUGAUGGAUACACUCUGCAGGGACGUGCUAAGAUCUCCUGCAGUAGUUCAACCUGGUCCUCUCCACUUCCUCAGUGUAAAGCCCAGUGCCUGAAACCAACAGUAGAAAAUGGUCAUUUGUCUGUGGAAAAGUAUAUCUAUUAUGAAGGUGAAAAUAUUACUGUCCAUUGUAAUCAUGGUUACAAUGUAGUUGGCACCCAAAGCAUCAGCUGCUCAGAGAACAGAACCUGGUACCCAGAGGUGUUUAAGUGUGAGUGGGAAGUUCCUGAAGGCUGUGAGGCAGUGCUAGCAAGCCAGCACCUUCUGAAGUGUCUCCCACAUCCAGAGGAGGUGAAAUUGGCCCUGGAGGUGUACAAACUGUCCCUGGAGAUUAAAAAACUGGAACGAGAGACCAGCAACGCAAAUACAUGCCCUCGGGAUUCUUCACUGUGAAAUCUCCCAAAACAGGGAGGAAAAGUGAUUAGCUACUUUCAGUUCAAUACCGAUCACUUCUGUCUCACCACUCUACUGUCCCUUCGGCACCGUAAGCUAUGGUACUACCUAUCUGGGUAAGAUAACGGCUGUGUGCUUUUGAAAUGAUAGAAUCGUUGCUCAUCUGCCCUCUUUUGGCUCAUACAACUGCUUUUUUGAAUGCAAAGUAUAAAUUGUUUUUCCAUUAAAAGUCCUCAUAUCAAAAA